AAAGCGAGCAGAAGACAGAAACGCGGAAGUGAAGUGGAGUUUUGACAUAUUUUCACCGGAUGUCGUAUUAUUUAUAGUUCGCAUGUGUGACAGAGGUUCCCGGUUUUCAGAGUCGGGCUUUAUCUUUAGUUUUCAUGGCUCAGCAGUCCAACAAGAGGUUUGGGAAUACUUACAUCACUCUUAGGAAACACUAGUACAGAGUCUUUGUUUAUUUUAAAUAGGAGAUUGAGAUCCAGAACCAUCCAGAAGAAAAAUUAAGAUACUGAGGAACAUACAGGUACAAACUCCAGGUGCAUCAGCUGAAAUCUGUGACGUAUCGCGAUAAAGAUGGAGUUUAUUAAAGAGGAGGUCGAUGACAUGAGCUAUCCAGAGCCACCCAGAAUAACACGUGAAGAUGCUGAGGAGCAAACAGAUCUGGUGGAUCUGAGGAUCAGACAAUGAUCACGUCACGCCUACAGUGAAGCCCCUCCCACAACAAUUCACCUAUAAAUACUGGAGAGUAUUCACAUCGUCCUACAAGAGAAGAACAAACUCCAGGAGCAGCGGCUGAAAUCUGUUAAAGAUGGAGUUUAUUAAAGAGGAGAUUGAAGACAUGGGUUAUCCAGAACCAUCCAGAAUAAAACAGGAAGAUGCUGAGGAGCAAACAGACUCUAUUGAAGUAAAACGGCAAAGAAGGAAUCUAAACGAAGAUAAAAAGGAAGACCGCAGAAUACAAAAUUCAAGAAAACCAGGCAAACAGCUGCAGACCUGCUCACAGUGCGGAAAGAGCCUCAGAGACAAAGGAAACCUUAAGAAGCACAUGAGAAUCCACACCGGAGAGAAACCGUACUCGUGCCCUCAGUGCGGAAAGAGCUUUACAGCAGCAUCGACUCUCAGUUAUCAUCUGCACGUUCACUCCGGAGAAAAGCCGUUCGGCUGCGAUCGGUGCGAUAAAAGGUUUAUUUCAUCGUCACAACUAAAAAAACACCUGACGGCUCACGAGAAGCCUCACGUGUGUCCUUACUGCGGGAAGAGUUUUUUACGCCUGGAGAGUUAUAAGCAGCACCAGAAAAUACAUAAUGGAGUGAAAGAUCACGUGUGCUGCGAGUGCGGGAUGAGCUUUACUGCGGCUGGUGAUCUGACACGGCACCAGAGGAUCCACACCGGAGAAAGACCUUAUAACUGCUCGUACUGCGACAAGAGCUUCACUCGCUCUGGAAGCCUGAAAAAGCACGAGCGCGUUCACACCGGAGAGAAGCUGUAUCGCUGCGCUCAGUGCGGGAAGAGCUUUACUGCAGCUGGCCAUCUGAAGCAGCACCAGAGGAUCCACACCGGAGAAAAGCCUUACAAGUGCUCGUACUGCGACAGGAGCUUCACUCGCUCUGGAAGCCUGAAAAAGCACGAAAGACUUCACACCGGAGAGAAGCCGUAUCGAUGCGCUCAGUGCGGAGAGAGUUUCAAAGACGCGUCGAGUCUCAGGAAUCACCUGCUCGUUCACUCCGGAGAAAAGCCGUUCGGCUGCGACCGGUGCGGGAAAAAGUUCAUCUCGUCGUCGCACCUGAAAAGUCACCUGAUAGUUCAUUCGGACGAGAAGCCUCACGUGUGCUCUUACUGCGGAAAGAGCUUUUCGAGGCUGUAUAGCUGUAAGCAGCACCAGAAAACGCACAACGAGACGAUGCCACUUAAAUUGUUUUUGUCCAUGCUGCAGGGUCACGAUGCGAAGACUAAAUCCUCACGAGCUGCUAUUAGUGCACAUAAAGAUGAAGUCCUGAAAGAUUUUACUCCGUACCAGCUGAUGGAGUUUAUUAAAGAGGAGAUUGAAGACAUGGGUUAUCCAGAACCAUCCAGAAUAAAACACGAAGAUACUGAGGAACAAAUAGACCGGAUUGUAGUACAGCAGCAAAGAUUGAAGCCGAAUGAAGUUAAAAAGGAAGACUGUCAAAUGCAAAAUUCAAGGAAACCAGCCAAACAGCUGCACACGUGCUCACAGUGCGGAAAGAGCUGCAAGAAAAAAGGAAACCUUAAGAAGCACAUGAGAAUCCACACCGGAGAGAAACCGUACAAAUGCUCCCAGUGCGGAAAGAGUUUUGCCGCAGAAUCAAGUUUCAGCUACCAUCUGCACGUUCACUCCGGAGAAAAGCCGUUCGGCUGCGAUCGGUGCGAUAAAAAGUUCAUCUCUUCAUCGCAGCUCAGAAAGCACCUGACGGUUCACGAGAGGCCUCACGUGUGCUCUUUCUGCGGGAAGACUUUUUCGCGCCUGGAGGGUUAUAAGCGGCACCAGAAAAAACACAACGGAGUGAAGGAGCACGUGUGCUGCGAGUGCGGGAAGAGCUUUAAUAAAGCUGUUGAUCUGAAGCGGCACCAAAUGAUCCACACCGGGGAAAGACCGUACAAGUGCUCGUACUGCGACAAGAGCUUCACUCGGCCCGGAAGCCUGAAAACUCAUCACCGCGUUCACACCGGAGAGAAGCCGUAUCGAUGCGCUCAGUGCGGAGAGAGCUUCAAAAACGCGUCGAGCCUCAGGAAUCACCUGCUCGUUCACUCCGGAGAAAAGCCGUUCGGCUGCGACCAGUGCGGGAAAAAGUUCAAAUCGUCGUCGCAUCUAAAAAUUCACCUGAUAGUUCAUUCGGACGAGAAGCCUCACGUGUGCUCUUACUGCGGAAAGAGCUUCGCGAGACUGUAUAGCUGUAAGCAGCACCAGAAAACGCACAACGAGAAAAACGACAUGGGGUUUAUCAAAGAGGAGACUGAAGACGUGGGUUAUCCGGAACCGUCCAGAAUAAAACACGAAGAUGCUGAGGAACAAACAGACUGGAUAGAGUUAAAACAGCAUGAGGCGAACGAAGCGGAGGAACACUUUAAAAUCAAAACUCCUGGAAAUAAAGGCAAACAGCUGCACACCUGCUCUCUGUGUGGAAAGAGCUUCUCGCACAAAGGAAACUUUAAGAAGCACACGAGAAUGCACACCGGAGAGAAACCGUACACGUGCCCUCAGUGCGGAAAGAGCUUCACCGCAGCAUCGAGUCUCGGUUAUCAUCUGCACGUUCACUCCGGAGAAAAGCCGUUCGGCUGCGACCAGUGCGAUAAAAGGUUCAUCUCCUCGUCGUGUCUAAAGACUCACCUGAAAAUACAUUCAGGUGAGAGGCCUCAUGCGUGUUCCUACUGCGGAAAGAGCUUUUCAAGACUGGACGAUUGCAAACACCAUCAGAAAACGCACAGCAAGGUGAAAGAUCACGUGUGCUGCGAGUGCGGGAAGAGCUUCACCAGAACCGUCGAUCUGAAGCUGCAUCAAAGAAAUCACACCGGAGAGAAGCCGUACAAGUGCUCGUACUGCGACAAGAGCUUCGCCGUGUCCGGCAGCCUGAGAACACACGAGCGCGUUCACACCGGAGAGAGGCCGUACCGCUGCGCUCAGUGCGGGAAGACUUUCACCGUGUCCGGAAACCUGAGAGACCACGAGCGCGUCCACGUCGGAGAGAAGCCGCAUCGCUGCGCCCGCUGCGGGAAGAGAUUCACUCGGUCGAGAUCUCUGAGGGCUCACGUUAAAAUGCACUGCUCUGCGUCGGAGUGAGCGAAUGGUUUUAACGCUUUCGACAUGCAGAGGCGGUAAAUGAGAUGAGCUCAAAUGAUCGAGGAAAAACAAGUAUUUAGUCGCUUUAAUCUUGCUGUACGUCGAGGAUUUUUAUUCGUGCGGUCUGCUGACGACGAAACGCUCAAAUUAUGUAACCAAGCAGUUAUUUGUCUGUAUGUAAUCAAUUGCUUUUAAUGAGUUUUAAUAACUGAAUAGUUAUUAAUGGAAUAAUAUAAGCUGGGCCCUUUUUUUUUGCUUAUACAUAGAAAUAAGCAACCAUCCUAUAAAACCAUUCAUAUGCUAAAGAGUAACCAUAAAAAUGCUCCAUAUUUUUAACAAUAAACGCACAUUGAGAAAUAA